AUGGCGACACCCUCGUCGGCGCCCAGAGCACCCUUCGUCGCAUGCCGAGCCGUCUCGACGACGAGGGCCGCCAGAAGCAAGAAUACAGAAUGGGUUCGUAAGAAGCUGUGGAAGGGCGAGGCACCUGGACUAGAGGACCCCUAUACGCAACGUCCAGAACCCGAGGACCCUUCGAACCUGCCGGAAGAGGCACUUGAGUUCCAACCGCGGACCGACAAGACUCCUGCGGCGGUUCUCGAGUCUCGGUUAACACUGCCGCCAAAGCGAACCGAGGCGGCGUCUGAGAAGGAGUUGGCAUCCUCAGACCCGACAUAUGUCCCCGCUACCGAGGCAGAAGGACUCGAGGAGAUUGGCGCCUUGAACACGUGGUGGUAUCAGGAGGGUCACUGGGGAGAAGAGAGUGAAUUCAGGGGAUUCGGCAGUGCGGAAAAGGUGGUGGAUAAGGAUGUUGUCGAGGUUUACUUGCGACAGGCCGUCGUCGAGGCUCUUGCUCUGCGGGAGACUGGCGCCUUUUCACAGUGGGCGACGAAGAAGUGGCGGGAGGGACCUCGCAGCGAGCUGGACCAGGUGCUGGCGGCAGAGAUUCAGGUGCAAGGGAGCCAGGCUUCGCUGAAGGGGGAUGUGGCUGCCAUUGCACAGAAUCUCACCGCCGAGUCCGAUGAGAUGGAGGCAACGGAGAGGAUUCGUCCCGAGGAGGCUCGCGAGAUGCUCAAGACGUGGGACGCGUCAUGGAAGGGCCUCGUCCUGGAUGACCAGCUCAAAUUCGCUCUUCGCAAGCGUCUUUACCAGCUCACAGGCACCCUCAUCGCCGAUGCCAAACUUGGCGCUGCGCACACUGUCAGGCACGUCUUGACUCUUGCAUCCAAGAAAUCCCAGCCUAAGAAGCUAGCUGAACUUUUGGAGACACGAAGUGACGUUCAAGAACUCGCCAAUGUCAAAGUUCACAGCCGCAAGAUUGGACCCAUCGACAAGGAGACCGCCUUGGGUCGAUGGAAGGUGAUUGAGGAAGAGUUGACGAAGCGCGGUUUGCCAGUCACUGGCACGGCAGGCAUGUCAAAGAACAAGGAAAGGGACUGGAUUUCAGGAAAGAUUUGA